AUGGCAGCAAUGACGCUCAUGCUGGCUCGAUUCUUGGCGCUCUUGGCCCUCACGCUGCUCGGGUGCACGGGUGGCGCCGUGCCAGUGGAUGCCCAGCCACGCAUGGGUCUUGAGUUUGGUUCGGCACCGAGCUCGGACUCGCAUUUACCGGGCGUGGGGGUGGACAGCAUCGAAGCGCUCUACCGUAACCGCCUCUUCGCUAAUGCCUUGCUGGGCGGCGACUCGCUGGGCGACUCGCUGAUCACCUCCACGCCCAUUCCAAUGAAGGGAGCGGGCAACUGCCAACUCGGGGCAGCGUAUCAACCAGGCACUGGAUGCAAUAUCGUACCAGAAGGAGAUGAUGUCGCUGGCUAUGCGAAAAGGACUACAGUGGUUAUUGCCUCGUCUUCGGACUUCAGCACGUCAGUCCAUGCCGCGGCAAAGGCCUCAGCAUCAGGUUAUGGCAUCGAAGCGAGUGGCGCAAUGUCCCAAGUUACACAAGGCGACCUUUCCACACAAAGUGGUGGUGUGUACCUCCAAGCCUAUUCAAAUGAAGUGGGCACAAAGAGUCUAUUUCACUAUCAAGCUUCGGAGAUGGAGCCGGCAGCCAUUGCCGCUUUCAAAGCAGGCCCAGAAUCGUGGUCAAGAAUGAAUUAUCCCGUGUAUUUUGUGACACACCUCCUGUACGGCGGCUACUUCAACGGCGGCUACACCUUCACUUCUAAGACGACAAGCUCUAACAGCGCUUUCGAUGCCGCAGCAUCGAUUUCGGGAAGUGGCUGGGGCGUUUCGGCAAGUGCGCAAGCCAAUUACCAAAGUACCAGAACCGAAUACCAGGACUCCGUUAGUCUCACUACAAUGGUCGAGUGCAGUCCGGCUGGGUGCCUAGACCUGUCGUCAUCGAAUCUGCAGAACGGGGUGCCAUCCACCACAGCUGUCUUGCCUGCUGCGAUUCAGGACUCUUACAUCAACUGGUACAAUGGGCUCAAAGGCGGUCAGCAGGUUUCAGCGAUUCGUGUGGCGUCCCUCGCCGAUACUGAGGCCUUUGCCGAGCUGCGCCAGGAGGCACUCUCACCAAACAAUUCUUGGGGCUGGACAGAAUCAUCGAUCGAUUCCUUGUUUCAGCUCCCUACUGCGAGCUUCAUGCAGGCUUGGGUGGCAGCUAGCGUUGAGGCACAAGGCCAACACAAUGCGAUUGAAGGCGCGGUCCAGGCAACAAGAAGCUGCGCAAAAAAGGUUCACGAAACCCUACGUACCCAAGCGGCUCAAAUGGGAAUUCAGAUCGGGAUCAUCAACAGCAAGGAGAACCUCCAGUACUAUCAGACGCAGCAGAGCGUGUACCUGGGCCCGAAUGGCGCUGAUGAAUGGGCGUGGAGUGCGAUUAAAACACUGUACAAUGAGGCGCAGAGUAAUAUCGCCAAUUACGGCACCAACUGGUUCUUCUGCUACGACAAAGACAACAAUAAGUGCUCCAUGGGGGCGUGCACCCACGACUUUGGUAAAACGAAGGCCUGUUGUGGACAAACAUAUCAUGGUGACGACAGUCGCCAGAUUUACCAAUGCCCGCCUAGCCACCCAAAAUGCAUGAGCUACCGCAGUGACGUUGGACCGAACGGCUUUGGCGUAUGUUUCGCUGUCAACAACGGCGUUUUGAUGGGGGAUGGCCCGCUCCCGUGUGCUAAAAGCUACGGCCAGUGUGACACCCCGACAUGGGAUAAUUGGUCGUGCUGCCCAAAAGAGUUUCCUUCUUGCGGGAAAGGCGUGAGUGGUUUCAUGUAUGAGGACCAGCCUUUUGGUUUCUGUGGCUGA